AAAAUGAAAGUAAUACUAAUAGCUAAAUUCGUGAAAUGCUUUCUCACGUUACUCCGUCGCUUUCCCGUACCUCCGUCGCGCUCUCCGGCGGAACCACCCGGUUGUUCAGCCGGCCGUCGAUAAGGCGAAAAUUCCAUUUCAACGCGCGUCGCUCUUUCAAUUUGCGGAGGCGCCACUUCUCCACGUUUGUGUCGAUGGACGGAGGCUUUUCUCCCGCGGCAGCGGCUUCAGUUGGGUCUAUUGCUGAAGAUUUGAAGAAUCGAAGGUUGAACAAUGGUAACGGUGCUGAUGGAGUUUCCAAAGAUGGUAGUUUUUGUCGGGAUAAGGUUAAGUUGAAGCUAGAAGAGUUGAAAUGGGACCAUUCGUUCGUUCGAGAGCUGCCUGGUGAUCCUAGAACCGAUUUAAUUCCACGACAGGUCUUUCGUUCUUGCUAUUCGAGAGUAUCUCCAACGGCUGAGGUCGAUAACCCUAAACUCGUUGCAUAUUCAGAUUCAGUUGCAGAGUUACUGGACUUGGAUCCAGAUGAAUUUGAACGGCCUGAUUUCCCACAGGUCUUUUCUGGGGCUUUACCUUUAGUUGGACAGAUGCCUUAUGCACAGUGUUAUGGAGGACAUCAAUUUGGGGUGUGGGCUGGCCAGUUGGGAGAUGGUAGGGCGAUUACCCUCGGAGAAAUUCUGAAUUCAAAGUCUGAGAGAUGGGAGUUGCAGCUCAAGGGGGCUGGAAAGACUCCGUACAGUCGGUUUGCCGAUGGUCUUGCUGUCUUACGUAGCAGCAUUCGAGAAUUCCUCUGUAGUGAGGCUAUGCACAGCUUAGGAAUCCCGACAACACGUGCUCUUUGUAUAGUGACAACUGGAAAAUAUGUUACUCGUGACAUGUUUUAUGAUGGCAAUCCAAAGGAUGAGCCUGGUGCAAUUGUUUGCAGGGUUGCUCCGUCGUUUCUUCGCUUUGGUUCCUACCAGUUACACGCAGCAAGAGGGAAUGAUGAUCGUGGCAUAGUUCGCACUUUGGCGGACUAUGCGAUUAGGCAUCAUUUUCCCCAUUUACAAAAUCUCAGCCCAGGUGACAGUUCAUCUUGCCUCACAGGUGAAGGAGAUGACUCGAUUGUGGAUUUAAACUCAAACAAGUAUGCAGCUUGGGUUGUGGAAGUCGCGGAGACUACUGCUUCACUUGUUGCAAAAUGGCAAGGCGUCGGCUUUACCCAUGGAGUGUUGAACACAGAUAACAUGAGUGUGCUGGGACUCACCAUCGACUAUGGCCCUUUCGGUUUCUUGGACUCUUUCGAUCCCAGUUACACUCCAAACACCACUGAUCUUCCUCGCAGACGCUAUUGCUUUGCCAAUCAACCGGAUAUCGGCUUAUGGAAUAUUGCACAGUUUGCUGCAACAUUUACCGGUCAGUUGAUUAGUGACAAGGAGGCAAACUAUGCAAUGGAAAGAUAUGCAACAAAGUUCAUGGAUGAGUAUCAGGCUAUAAUGACCAGAAAGCUCGGGCUGAUGAACUACAACCAGGAGUUGAUCAACGAGCUUCUAAAAAACAUGGCUCUUGACAAAGUCGACUACACGAAUUUCUUCCGCCUCCUUUCAAAUGUCAAAGCUGACGAUCUUGCCAUUCACAAAGACGAGCUAUUGUAUCCCCUCGAAGCAGUUCUGUUCGACAUUGGUAAUGAGCGCAAAGAAGCGUGGACUAAAUGGAUUCAAUCCUACAUUGAAGAGCUUUCUGCAAGCGGCAUAUCUGAUGAAGACAGAAAAAUAUCGAUGGAUUCGACGAAUCCAAAGUACAUCCUCAGGAACUACAUAUGUCAAGACGCCAUUGAUGCAGCGGAGGCAGGCAAUUUUGAGGAGGUGCGGCAGGUGCUUAAGGUUAUGUCAAAACCAUACGACGAGCAGCCGGGGAUGGAGAGAUACGCCCAGUUGCCUCCGGCUUGGGCUCGCCGGCCCGGUGUGUGUAUGCUUUCUUGUUCUUCUUGAGUACACACCAACAAAAAACACCUCAGGUACGUAUAACUAGUGUAACUAUUUGCAAAUAUUUAUUGCACAUACAAACAUGCAUUCAUCAAUGACCUUAAACACACACACACACACACUAGUAUUGAGUUUGAUGUAGUGUUUGUAAAAUUUGGGGGGUUGGUAAUCUUCCAGCCUAGUGCCAGGAUCUUUCUUUUUUUUAUUUAUUUAAUAAAUAAAGAAAUAAAUAGUUAUGUGUAUUCCCUUCUGCCAAUGAUGUAUAUAACCGUGCAUUGGAGUAUUUAUGAUUAAAAUAAAUAUGGGUUAGUAUAA